AUGUCACUGUCGCGCCCCGCGUGGCCUGCAGGCCCUGCCCGGCCUGUCCCCUCCACACGGCCUCCCGAGGACUCCGCUGCGACGCCACCCAGCAGCAAGCGGCCUCGCCUGGAGGAGCCUGCCGGCGUCUCGGUGGCGGCGUGGCCGCUGCUUGUGGUGCCUCGCUUGUCUGAGGUAGAAAAAGUCUGGGAGUGGUCGCCCAGACCCUUCCCAGCGUUCCUCAUUCCAAAGAACCCGGGCAGCUCAGGCGGCGGGAGGCAGCGGUGUGGCCCGGGGUGGCAGGACAGAACAUUUCAGACGCAGAGCUGUUGGCAGUCUGGAGUCUCAGGAAGAGCAGGUUGUUCGAGGGCUCCAGAAAAGUCUCAGGAACCGGGGCCGCAGGAGGUUAGGGAGACUCUAGGUGUGCGCCAUGAUGACCCAGCAGAAGUGAGUCCCGUUCCACCCAACACCUCCAAGCCCGGUAUCCAAAGAGUCAAACCUGAGCCUGAAGAACUUCCUGCCCUGGGGAAGGGAACUACUCUGAAAGAAAAGAAUUCUGUGAGACAGCCAGGAAGUCCAUUUCUAGAGGUUACAUUUUCUGAGGAAACUAAGGCAACAUUACAUGACCUUAAGGACAGAUGUAAAGUUGUCAGUGUCAUAACCUCAGAGAAAAAAGAAAACAUUUCAUCAUCCACACUAAAAAUACCAAGACUUCAAAACCAGGCCUGUUUGGGAAGCGCCAAACCCGGUUAUUUUAGAGAUAACAUCACAAUAAUUUCCCCUGAGUUCCCAAGGGAUUUAAAUAGCAACAUGUCCUUUGUCUAUUUAAAGGAAAUAGCAAAGAAAAAGAAUGACAAAGUUGUGGCAUAUGCUAGGGAUUUCACAAACAUUUUCGGGUCCCAAAAUAGACCUGAUGCUAAGAAACAAAAGUUUCAGAAUGAUAAAAAAAUUGUAUUUGUGGAAAAUGAUUUUUGUGGCUAUUAUGAAAGUCAACAGCAGUCACUCCCUGUUGAAGGGGAAAUAGACUCGAUCACUUUAAACUGCUGUCACCGUAGUAGUAUCGAGGGUGAUCUAAGAUACUCCAGCAAGAAUUCCAUUCUAACACUAGAAGACGCUAACUGGGAGGGAACAGAAAGGAAUCUAGACGGCUACCUACCUACCAGACAAGAAGAAUCUCAAAGCUGGGACUCUAACAGAGCUAUUUUGAAAAGGAAAAGACAAAAUUGUUGGAUAAAGAAAAAUUUUAGGGUUAUCUGUGAAAAUAAUAUCAUUCUGAAAACAAAUAUAGUUUCUUUGCUCAAUCACUUUGUUUCUUUCAUAAGAAAUGGAGAUGACUCAGAAGAGGGUUGCAUCUUCAAAUGUUUAGUGCAUUUGAAUUAUUUGAAAAAUAUUAUAAAGGAAAGUCAUGUUGUAUAUCUAACAAGGAUUUUGAUUUCUUCAAGACCAUUAGUAAACAACACAAAAUCUAUGGCAAAGAAAAGAAAGCUAUUUAAAAUGGAGCAUGCUCUUGAAGGGGCUCAGAAACACAGCAUCAGCUCUCUUAGUAUAGCAACUAAAAGGUUUCCAAUUUACAAACCACAUGAAAAUGUUCCUCUUUUACUGGAUUUUGAGGACACGGAAAGACUUUCUUUGUCAAGUUGUUCUGACAAUGUGGAGAAUUGGGCUUACUAUAGUUUUGGUAUUGCUAGCACACGUGUGAAAUCUGAUAUGCUACUUAUACAGAAUAACUGUGGACAUACUAGUGAAAAAUACUAUGAAAGUGGUACGUCCAAUCAAGAUUUAGAUAUUGAAAGGAAGCAGAAACAAAAGACCCCUCAUUCUAUUUUUCAGUUCGUAUUUGAACAUAUCUUUAAUGCUAGGCAACUGAGCACAUUGUUAAACAAAAAUAAAAUACAUAGUGAACAGAUAAAUGCUAUGCUGAUAACUCAGAAGUCCAGCUUGGAGAACUUGCUAGAUGACAUAGAAUGGAAAAUAUAUGAUUUUAUUUUGAAGAAGUAUGUCAAGAUCACAGAAAGUUCAAGUAGUUUCCAAGUUCAUAAAGCUAUCGGCAUAGAGAAAAAAGAGGAUAGUUCUCCCCCAAUCGAAAGCGUGUCUUCAGUGCAGGUAGCUUCGCGAGUGAGUAAGGACGUAAAUGUGAGAGAAACUACAUCUGCUAAGCAAAAUAGUGGAGCUAACACAAAAGAGACUGGAGACAUUUUGCAAGAAGGCGAGUUAGCUAAUUCAGCGUGUUUUCAUCCAGAGAAUGACUCCACAUUAUAUGCUGAUCAUCAGUUUGAAAGUGAUUCAAGUAGAGAGAACAAUGAAUGUUUUCAGGGCUUAGCUGCUCCAUGUUUAUCAACAGAAACUCUGCCAAUAGCAAAGGAUUUCGAGAUGAAGAGUAAAUUUGAUUUAGUACUUGAAGAGCUUCAUAUGUUUCAUGAAAUUAGUAAAGAAAAUGAAAUUCCAAGUACAGCAGAAACAAACAAUAGGAAAGAAUAUUACUUUGGAGAAAGUAAUGAUGUUAAGGAGGCAAGAAUGGAGAUAGAAAAAGAUUUGGAAAUGGUUGAAACCAACAAAAGAAAUGCACCUGCUUUGCCCCUUGAUUUGAGAGCAGGCUCCAACAUGCAUAAAAGACACCAACGUUUAUUUAAUUGGAAAACAAUCCCUACUCAUGGGGGAGAGGCAGUUCCAAAUGAAUAUUGCUGUCCAAGAUCAGAGGAAGAAUCCCUCCAUUCUACUCCUGAGGAAGAUUAUAAAAGUCCUGCCUUUUCUGCUGAGGAAUGUAAAAAAGAAAAGAAUGAUUAUUUAUUGAAGGGAGGCAGUCAUUUGUCACAUGGCAUUUCCAGAGUACAGCCUCUUAAGACGUGCAACCGUCCAAUUAGAGUCGGCUUGUCGAGAAGAGCUAGGCUGAAACAGCUCCAUCCUUACCUGAAAUGA